AUGUCUCAACUUGUUUCAAACUAUGAAAAUUCAAUAAGCAGUUUUAUUAAGAGUGCCAAAGAAAUCCACGAAAUUCUCGUGUUACCAUCUGCACUUGAAAAUGAUCAAGCACUUAAAUUGAAUACAAUUCUUGACGUUGUUUUACCACUAGUUGCCACAAUUUAUCGAAACAUGGAGAGUUCAUUGGAAGUUAUCGAAAUACCACACAGCUUGCAGGAGUCCUUAGAGUUUAGUGCCACAGAAUUAUGGAAUUUCACUAGUUCAUUUGCAUCUCAUUUAGAUGCUAUUUACAAGGUGAAAUUAUAUUCCAUUUUAUUGCUAAUUGUGUAUGAGACUUUGAAUCCGAAUGUAGAUAGAUGUCUUAUUAAUGUUUCCUGUCUACUAAAUUUGUAUUCCAGUUCCAUUACCAAUGGUAUCAAGGAUGUUUCCGAUAAAUGCAACAUAUACUUGGAGCCAACGAUAGGAAGAAUAAUGAAAAUUGACAAGGACAUGCCAUUGAAUGAUCAAAAACAACAGCUACUAAAUGAGUGUUGCCACAAGCUGGCGAUUCUCAAUUUGAACUAUGCAGCUAUAAAUAACAAUUUUGUUCUUGCCAGAAACUACGAAAGCAAAUUGAACUCCUACAAGAAUUUGCCAGACCGCUUCUUUCUUGCAGAAUGCAGCAGAGUACUUUACAAUCACUGUUUGCAGUUGUAUGAAAACAGUGAUUUUGAAAAUGCAAAAUUUUUGAUAUUGGUCGCCAUUAAGCAUUUAGAAAGCAACACAAUGGAUUCACAGUUCUUCCAAGAAAAAUAUUUUAAUUGUUACGUUUUACUAAUAAAAACUUAUAAAUCGAUUGGUACUCCAGACACCCAAAGCAGCAUCAAAGAAGCAUUCAGCUAUAUGCAACAUCAGUUUCCAAAUAAAUUUGAAAUGUAUUGUUUAUAUUUUGAAAUAUGCGAUGAUGCGAAAGAGGUUGAAACAGAGGAGGUAUUAAUGCGUUUGGUUACUUCUGUUGAUACCGCUGCAGUUUUUGAAAAAACAGUCGAUUUGCUAAAGCUAAAUGUAAACAAAUGCUUUCGAGGGGUCAACAAAUGCAUAGAUUACUUACUUGCACAUCUUAAUGCUAACCCAUCUUUCAGUGAGACUUUAAUAAUUACGAAAUUUGUUGUCAAUGUAUUGUUGAACACCAACAAAGAUUCAGAAGAAACCCUCAAAGAGUUGCAGGUGUUUUUGCGAUUUGCAGAAAAAUCACUACAAAAGCAAUUGUCAGGAACUACCAAGUCGAGCAUUGUUGCAAUUAUAUGGUCACAAGGAAUAAAGCUCUAUAAACAGGCCGAGUACACCCAAAGUCUAGAAUGGUUUAAGAUAGCCCUAUCACGGCUCUUCUAUACCGAUUACAAGGAGAACCAAGACAGAGGAAAAAUUUUGAGGGCCAUUCAAAACAAUUACUUUCUGCUUGGAGAAUACAAUCAAGUUAUUUCUACAGUAUCGCAAAUGGACCCAGGAGAUAAGAAUUCACCGCUUACACAGUUUAAUUUGUUUAGAACCAACUUAAUGUUAGGAGAAGAAAAAAUGGCAUUAGAGUGUAUUGAAAAAAUACUUGGCAAUGAUGAUUCACUUACUGUCUUAACUAUUGCUGUGUGUAUUCUUGAAAGUAAAGGAAAACUACCCCUAGAGGCUAUCAGAUCAAUUUUCUUAAAGCUAGUUGAACAUAUCUGUGAAAUGGAAAUGACAAAAGACAGUAUAUCCACACUUGAAUCUCACAAUAUUGUUUUACCAACUUGUUGUCGAUGUGCUGUUGUAAUGUAUCUGACUGAACUUGAAAACGGUGGGAGUUUGAGUGAAAGUACUUUACAUUCUUUGAAAGAAUUGCUUGAAAAUAGUUGGACAAUUGCUAACAAAAUAGCGCCUACACGAAUCAGAAUAUUUUCAAUUGAUGACUUGGAGUGGCUUGCUAGCAAGUCAUAUAAUAUAGCUAUUUCUUGUCAAAAUGGAGAGUUUAAUUCUUUUGCGGGCCUGUUCCACAAAGUUUGUAUUGGAUUUAUUGAUUUGAUUUCACCUGAUAUUGAAGCAGAAAGAGGAGAGCAGUUAUUACUAUGGAAAGUAAGAGCAACAAUUUUCGGUAUUCUAAACACAUGUUUGGACUACUCUUUGGGAUCGAGCGAGUGGGAUAUAAUCCGAGAAAAAUGCCUUGAGUUGAAAGAUAUUGUUUAUAAGCAAGAUAUGACCAAUUCUGAUUGGAAAGAAUGUUUGCAACAAAUAAUUAUCAUUCAUUUCCAAGCGGAGUUGUCACUGGGGUUUAACCAAAGUUUGCACGAUAUUGUUAAUGAAUGCAAGAGCUUUAGACCAACUGUUUGCAAUGACAUAUAUGAUAUUUUUAUCAAGUUAGUUACGGAUUCUGUAAGACCAAUUUCUAACCAAAAAAGAAAACAAUUGAUUAGUCUGAUAAUUAGUCAAGCAAUAAAAGAUAUAGAGCCAUUUCAAAUUAAAAACAUAAUUACUUGGAUGAGAUUGCUCAUGGAAGUAUCUGGACACGACUUUAGUUCAGAGGAAGAAGUUCUAACGUUACAACUGUAUCAAUUAAUAAAGGCCAAUAGAAACGACAUAACCAUUCCAACUUUUGAGAUUGAAUGGCUUGCAACAAAAUCAUGGAAUCAUGGAAUCUACUUGUUAAUAGAUCAUGAGGAUCAGAAAACUGGUAUCAAGUGGUGUAGCUUUGGUGUGUUGUUUUCAAAAUUUGUACAUGAAAGGCUUUUGCAACAAUUUUAUCGAUUAUGGAAUGAUUUGGUACAGGAUUUGCAAAUUUCUAGUAAAUUGCUUGAAUCAGAAAUAAGUAAAUAUGAAUAG